AUGACAAACGAUUUAAUUGACAAUAUUUCUAGAUCUGUCUUGGACAUUAAUACCUUGUUAUUUGCUGAUGAUAAUGGUGAUGAGCGUUACUGGAUCCGACUUUUUUGGCCUGAGUCGCAAGUGGUAUCCACCAGUAGCAAUGGACUAGUGGCAAGCAUCAAUUCUGGAGGUCUUCAAGGGAAUGUAGAGUUUCUAGAUGACCCCAAAGGAACUGCUAUUAGAGUGUUUUUAAGAGGUGGCACCUAUGGAGAAAAAUUUCGCUGGAAAAUUCAUGAAUUUCCAGCUGUUCCAGGAACUGAAAAUCCUUGUAGUGAUGAAAAGAUAGGUAGAAUGUAUGUGGACUUCACAGAAACCCAUGGACCUGUUACUGCGGGACAAGAUAUGGUUCUGCUUUCAAAUUUAAAACUGAUUGGAAACGCUUCAAUAUUAGGAAGAACCCUUGUCUUACGCAGUCCUGAAACUGGCAGGCUCUCGUGUGCUGUUAUUCAGCCCACUUCAAGAAUACGAACCUAUCAAGCAAAAAUUUCCACACCACUGGGUGGAGUAGUAAUUGUAAGACAAAGUGGAUUUGGAACUGGUAUUUUAUCUCAAUUGUGGUAUGUCAACGGUACACGUCGAGAUUCCAUUCAUCGAUGGGCUAUACUACAAACCGUAUCAAAUCCGGCGGAAUCACCUACAGCUAUUUAUCAGAAUGAAAUCACACGCUGUGCUAACCUUCAAGCUACGCCCUUCUUUCACAUCUCAGAAACUGUUGGAUAUGCCGCUGUAGGAAGAGAGCCUAAUGCAAUUACAGGUCGCACGUACCACACGGUUGUGUCAGCACCAGUUUUAGAACGUGUUCAGAAUAAUUUGUACAUUGUCAUUUAUUCUGAUAUUGACCCAUCUGAGCCUUUAGCAUGUGGUCGUUUAACAGCAGUGGAACCGAGACAAGCUAUGGCUAAGUUUGAUUCCGAAGUUGCUGGAGAAAUAUCCUUUCGUCAGGAGUCAGCUUUUGAUCCCACUCUCGUGACCAUUAAUUUGAGUGAUCUUAACAGGAAAGCGUAUAGUUAUGGAAUAGAUGAGUUGCCCUUGAUUUUCAGAGGUGAUAAGACGGAAGUCUGCCCAAAUGUUAAAACUACUAUUUAUAAUCCAUUAAAAAAAUCUCCUGAUGCUGUUCCUGAACCAAGCAAAGGCAGCGCUGAUCAAUAUGCAGUAGGAGAUCUGAGUGGGAAGUAUGGACCAUUGAAUAAUCGCGAGAAACAUUUUCAACAAGUUUAUGAUUCUCAGCUGUCAUUGUUCGGAGUGAAUAGCAUUGUUGGUAGAGCAGUUGUAAUUUAUUAUCCCGACGGACGACCUCUAGCUUGCGCUAAUGUUGAAUUAUCAGGCAGACGAGUAGUUACAGCAUUUGCUACAUUCGAUUUCCCAUUGCAAGGGCAACUCAUUUUGCGUCAAGAUCGAGAUGACCCUUCUGCGGAUACUUCAGUAUAUUUAGAAUUAUCUUAUCCAUCUGGCGCAUCUCAUACGAAAACUUACCAUCAUCCAUGGCAUGUAAAUGAAAGAGCUAUUCCAACUGGUCAGAGAUUUAGUUUGAGUGGAAUAGACUGUCUUCAAGCAGGAUCAGUAUUUAACCCUUAUAAUGUCAGCGUCGAUGGUUAUUAUUUCAGCCACUGCUCUGGAGUGGCAUCACAGAGGUGUCAAAUAGGAGAUUUUUCAGGGAAACUAGGUUAUUUGGAUAUUCCUCCUUUUGGGGUCCAAGGUAAUAAGCAACAAAUAGCUCGAUAUUAUUUUACAGACCCAUCGUUACCUUUGGCAGGUCCAACUAGUGUUAUAGGAAGAUCUGUAGUAAUAAAUGAACCAGAUUUUGGAGAAGGACGUCUAGCAUGUGCUAAUAUCUUUGAGCAUUACAGUGAUUAUGGAAAAUAACUGAGAAAAUUACAUGCUCAUCAUAGAAUCUAAAUGGUUUAGCCUCUGGUCUUGAAAAACAGUGUUCUAACACUAUUUAAAUCCACAAAAACCAUGACCAAGAAACUUGUAACUCAUCAUGCAUGAUAGAGGUUUCAUUCUAGAUCAUACAGAAACGGAAGAUCAUGAACCACAUUCAUUGUAAUAUAACGGCUAGAAUUAAGAAUUCUCUAUGAGAAUUCUUGGGGUAUUUCUCUCAGGAGGACAAAAUGAACAGAUGGCAGUUUCUUCAUUUGUUCUAGGUGCUAUGUGUGUGUGAAACUUGUAAUUUUCAUCUGAGAAAGGAUUUUGUAUAAAUAUAUAAAAAAUGAAUUUUUAAUCUCGUUUAAA